AUGGCAGACCAGUUAUUAGAGCAAGCGCGCGACGCGUUCGAGGGCCAGAUUGACUUCGAGGGCCAGAGGCUUGCAGAGAUGCUGAGUACCGUUCUGCUCGGAGCGGCUGGUAUCAUUGCAUUCAUCGUUGGCUUCCUGCAGCAGGACAUUCGACUAGCACUCUACAUUGGCCUCGCCGGCUCCGCCCUCACAUUCCUCGUUGUCGUACCCCCGUGGCCGUUCUACAACAAGAACCCCGAAGACUGGCUCCCACCGUACAACUCAACGCCACAGUACAACAUCGACGUGGACGGGCAGAAAAUCGGAUAG